AUGUCAUUGUACCAGUUCUUACUUGAACCUAUCAGUUGCCAUGCCUGGAAUAAAGACCGCACACAGAUUGCAAUAAGCCCAAAUAACCAUGAGGUACACAUCUACAAGCAAAAUGGGAACCAGUGGGCGAAGGUUCAUGAGCUGAAGGAGCAUAAUGGACACAUUACAGGUAUAGACUGGGCUCCUAAAAGUGAUCGUAUAGUGACCUGUGGGGGCUGAUCGCAAUGCUUAUGUGUGGAGCCAGAAAGAUGGAGUAUGGAAGCCUACACUGGUUAUCUUACGUAUAAAUCGAGCUGCAACCUUUGUCAAGUGGUCACCUUUGGAAAAUAAGUUUGCAGUGGGGAGCGGAGCAAGACUUAUAUCCGUGUGCUACUUUGAGUCAGAAAACGACUGGUGGGUGAGCAAACACAUCAAGAAACCAAUUCGUUCUACUGUGCUCAGCCUGGACUGGCACCCAAAUAAUGUACUUUUGGCUGCAGGAUCAUGUGAUUUCAAGACCAGGGUGUUCUCCGCAUAUAUUAAGGAAGUUGAUGAGAAGCCAGCUAGCACUCCUUGGGGAUCAAAAAUGCCUUUUGGGCAGCUGAUGUCAGAGUUUGGAAGUGCUGGCAAUGGCGGCUGGGUCCACAGUGUAAGCUUUUCCGCCAGUGGAAACCGUUUGGCCUGGGUCAGUCAUGACAGCAUUGUGUCUGUGGUUGAUGCAUCUAAAAACACAAGCAUUUCACUGCUGAAGACUGAAUUCUUGCCUCUCCUGAGUGUCACCUUUGUGUCGGAGAACAGCGUGAUAGCAGCUGGGCAUGACUGUUGUCCUAUGCUCUUCUCACUGGAUGAUCAUGGCUCAUUAACAUUUGUGUCUAAACUGGACAUUCCAAAGCAAAGUACUCAGCGUAACAUUUCAGCUAUGGAACGCUUUAGAAACAUGGAUAAGAGAGCAACUACUGAAGACCGCAAGACCACAUUGGACACUCUGCAUCAGAACAGCAUCACCCAGGUGUCUAUUUAUGAAGGAGACAAAGCUGAUUGUCGCAAGUUCUGUACUACUGGCAUCGAUGGGGCAAUGACUAUCUGGGACUUUAAGGUAAGUUUCUUAUUGUUCCUAAUAUUUAUAUACAUAUAG